AUCGAUUUUGAAGCAUCAGUCGCUUAGAGACAGUUGCUGAGAUUCGUCGAAUAUGAUCAGAUUAACUUUAUCUAUUCUUGCGGUUACCCUAGUGACAAAAGAAUGUCUAGGACAAAAUUUAUUGGCCGCCUACAAUUCUUGUCGAACCGAGUACAACGUAGAUAUGGAUACAUUCAAUGCCAUUAGAAAUGGAGAUUUCUCCAUCCGAACACCUUUCAUCGAGUGCUUCGGAGACUGCCUGGUGAAGAAAGCAGGAUUUAUGAAUGAUGAUUUGAGUUUCAACAAGGAUGUCAUCGUGAAAUUUGCGAGCCGAUUCAUCAAACCAGAGGACGCCGAGACGGUGUACAGUCAGUGUACGGCGGAUGUGGCACCUGUGCUCUGUGCCACUGCAUACGAUGUAUAUCAAUGUAUUUAUGAGAACGCGCUUGCCAAAUGGGGAACAAGGCGCAAUGGAAAAUGAUAAUUCCAAGAUAAUAGAAACAUAAUAAAUGCGGAAAGUAUGGUCAGAAAA